AUGGAGGGAGAGAGGGAGGAACAGCGAGAGUGCACCCAAAGUGGGACGACUUUUACCCAGGUUGACACACUGACUCAGAACUGUGGUGAGGAGCCCCAAAACCUCCAGGAAUCACAGAAGGAUGAGCAGGCUGACAAUGGAGUUUGUGAUGGAGAGGUAGAGGCCAGUCAGGAAGACUCGGAUCAUUUGUCACCACUGCCCUCUGGUGGCCAGAAAGUCAACUACCAGACAGACCCUCGACCUCACUUUGGCGUUGCAUGGUCCUCCCACUCCACAUGUCGCCCUCUGUGGGGGAGCGAGGGGCCCUGCUGGGAGCAAAGGAACCUGGAAGCGCCCGAUCAGACACACACCUGCCCUCACUGCCAUCUGGGGCUGCCUGCUGACACCCUCCGCUGGCACGAGGUUGGCACAGGCACUUGUAAAAUCCAAACAAAAAUGGAUAACAACAAUGCACUGCGAGGUAAAAGCAUAUUGGAGGAAAGUUUUGUUGGAGAGGAUAAGGACAGUGAGGAAGAGACAGGAGAUGAUGACUCAGAUCUUACUGAUGAAGGUGGUGAGAGUAGCUCAGAGAAGGAGACAAGUGGUUGGGGGUUACUCCCUCAUGUUUGCUUGCGACAUGUGUUCAACUUCCUUUCUGACCGUGACCGCAUGAGAGCACACGUGGUCUGUCAUCACUGGCACAAAGUCAUGCGCUCUCCUUCUCUCUGGCGCUUCCGCUACUUCCACUUCAGUGGUCGCUUGUCCAAAUUGAGGCUGUCUGAAUAUUGCUCUGCUGUGGCUUAUGCCCGCUCCUUUGGAGUUUACCUGGAGAGGCUGGAGGUGUGUGUGUGUCCUCCACGCAGGUCUCUGGCUGCCCAGCGAGUGGAGCAGGCCAUCUGUGGGCUGUUUUCUGAACUUACUAGGUUGAAGGCCCCAUUGAAAUCCCUCUCCAUCACAAGGUUGGAGUUGGACCGAACUUGCUGGACUUUAGCACUCAGGAACUCUUUGGUAAACUGCUUGAUUCAAGUCCUCCGAAGAGCCUUGAGGCUCACAACUAUUAAUCUGAACUGGAUGCGAAACUCCAUGCAACAGGGAAUCGAGCUGCUUUCUGCCCUGUCACAAUCUCAGAGCCGCUUUCCUCCCCCCCGGUGCUAUAUCUCAUCUUUGCACUUGGAGGGAUUCUUCUCUAGUUCAGUACAUGUCCACCUCAACUCCAACGUCCCCAGCAUGAUGCACCACCUGCGAGGCCUCACUGACCUGAGCCUGAGUUACUCCAGUAUGUCAGAUGAGCUGCUUCUGGCCCUCCAGCACAGAAACCGAGGAGGGAGGCAAAACCGCAGUAGAGACAGGAUCACCUUGCAAACGUUUUCACUGAACUGCUCUAUAAAUGAGCCCCAUCGACAACUGGUGUGUGGUAGCUCAUGGGCAACUUUGGCAUCAUGCUCCCCCGACCUGCAAGUCAAAAUUACAGUGCAUCAAAUCAUCAACACUGACCGGCUCGCGAGGAUACUUCUGCCUGAGAUUCCUGUAUCAGAAUUCACCAUGAUAGCCUUUUACGCCCCUGAUGAAGGCUGGACAGCCAGGCCAAUCCUCUAUGACAUGCUGCCUCACUACCGCCGCAGCCUGCAGUAUUUAACUCUGGACCUGAGCAACUGCACCGAGCAUUUGGAUGUGGAACUUGUGGAGCUGGUGAAGAUGUGCGAACGCCUGGAGCAGUUGGGAAUCUGGGCUUUCUUGGAGGUCACCACCGUAGAGAAGCUGCUGCACAUCCGACUGACCCAAAGGAAAUUACUCAAUAAAAUCAGAGUGAGAAUCUACUCGAACAGUGACAGCACCGUAGAGCAAGAGGACCAGCUGGAGCAAUUACUGUCGUCCUACGUGCGGCUCCCUCCUGAACUGGAAUUCUUUGCCAUAAUCUACCCCUAUGUUUAA